AUGAUAAUGCAUUGUCCUGUUACUUGGUCUCUUAGCUUCCACCCGAAACUUCAACCGAGCAGCAGCAUCAGAGCAACGAAAGUCUCCGCUAAGAAACUCACUAAGAAUCUCCGUAAUCCACGACGCACCAAGCUUCCUCCUGAUUUCGGCGUCAAUCUGUUUCUGAGAAAACCCAUCACUCAAUCGGAUAAUGACGACGACGAUGAUGAUGAUCACGAGCCAGCGGAUGAUGAUUCAGAUGUCUGGGAACCAAACGAAAUCGAGGCGAUCUCAUCUCUUUUCCAGAAACGGAUCCCUCAAAACCCCAGCAAACCGGUUCCGGUUCGAGUCAGGCCUUUACCACUUCCUCAGCCUCACAAGCUACGACGACCUCCGUCUCUCCCAACUCCAAAGCGCAAUAUCAAACCUUCAUCACCAUCGAAGCAAGUGCAUAAAGAUCCGAUAUUUCUCAUCGGUUUAGCUAGAGAGAUCAAAAGCUUGCCUUCUCCCAAAUCCAACGUCUCACUCGUCCUCAACAAAUGGGUUAGCUUCUUGCGUAAAGGAUCGCUCUCCACGACGAUUCGAGAACUAGGUCACAUGGGUUUGCCUGAGAGAGCCUUGCAGACGUAUCGCUGGGCGGAGAAUCAUCCUCACCUCUUCCCAGACAACACGAUCCUCGCGUCCACAGUCCAGGUUUUGGCCACGCACCAUGAGCUGAAACUGCUCAAGUUCGACAACAGCUUGGCUAGCAAGAACGUCAUCGAGGCGAUGAUCAAAGGAUGCAUCGAAGGCGGGUGGCUAAACCUCGCUCGGAAGCUUAUACUCAUCUCCAAGAGCAACAACCGGAUCUUGGACUCGAGUGUCUACGUGAAGAUGGUUCUUGAAAUAGCUAAAAACCCUGACAAGUACCAUCUCGUUGCUUUGCUUCUCGAAGAGCUGAAAGAUAGAGAAGAGCUGAGGUUGAGCCAGCAAGACUGCACGAGUGUGAUGAAGAUCUGUGUGAAACUGAGGAGAUUCGAGGUCGUUGAGUCUCUCUUCGACUGGUUUAAAGAAUCAAACAGAGAACCGAGCGUUGUCAUGUACACUACGAUGAUACAUAGCCGGUACUCGGAAGAGAAGUACAGGGAGGCGAUGAGUUUGGUUUGGGAGAUGGAGGAAUCGAACUGUCUUCUUGAUCUUCCUGCUUAUAGAGUGGUCAUUAAGCUGCUUGUGGCGUUGGAUGAUUUGGGGAGAGCGAUGAGAUAUUACUCCAAGCUCAAAGAAGCUGGUUUUGCUCCGACGUAUGAUAUUUACCGCGAUAUGAUUAGUGUUUUUACAGCUUCCGGGAGAUUGAUGAAGUGUAGAGAGAUAUGUAAAGAGGUUGAAGAUGCUGGCUUGAGAUUGGAUAGUGAUACUUCGUUUAGGUUGUUGCAGCUCCAAAAGCAAACAAUGUCUCUUUAA